AUGUUACCAUCAAUGUCCACGGCUCGAAUGAGCCUUUUAAGGACGUCUGUGCGGUUUCUAAGACGACUUCAAACAAGAACCGCUCAUAAGGAAUCUUCCUAUGAAAUUGCAGACAUCGUACGUGAAGUUUUGACCAGAAUAAAUCCAAGUCCAUCUCAUCAACGAAAUCCAUCGCUGCCAACUUCAACACAUUUACCACUAUCCCAAGCAUUAUUUUAUCCUCUAGAUCUUCCCAAGGUAUUCAAGGUGCACAAACUACCUCUGGUACCUGCCAAUGGCAAAAUAUCAGAAGAACUGGCGCAAAACCUUGGAUCUAUUUGCAUCGAACAUACGCUUACAAAGUAUAUUCUUCAGACCAGGCCUCAGAAAAAUGACAAAGAGAUCCAGAACUAUAUAAAGGAGCUCUACAAGUCUGUGUGUGAAAAUUUGGAUACCAAUUCGCUGUCAUUUUCUCGUACAAUUGGCUACUUUUGCUACGAAGAUGAAGCAGAAUGUGAAAAAUAUCUAAUUUCAUUAUUAGGAGAAGAUGCUCGAACGAAGGCAUUGAGUAGACUGUUCGGCACGUACUUAAACCUGAUAGUGUCUUCUGAUAUUGAAAUUGACUACAAUUUAAUUUGGAACACAUCUAUUCCUAAUGUGGACUUUGAACUACCAAAGCUUGAAAAGUUUAAUGCAUUCAAUUUAUCAUACUUGUUUUCCACCAGUGUUCUCAAGAAAUUCCUUGGAAAGCUAGUUCAUGGCGACAAACAGCUAAUUCUUAACAAACAUGAACAAUUAUACUCGUUUGGAAAACUUGCAUUCACCUACUAUACAACACUUAGCGUCCUUAGACGUCACUCAGACACAAGCGAACUUUACCGUGCAAUUGACACAAUUGUCGACUCCGCUAUGACGUUUAUAAAGCUCUCAGGCAUCAGAAACGUCGUUGCUUCACCGGAAAGUUUGACGAUUUUACGCCGUGAAAAUUUACCUUCAACAGACUUUUUCUUUCGUUUCUUGGGACUUUUUGGAGAUUGA